UUCUUGUUUCAGAUCAGAUCUCUUUGGGUUUUGGACCUUUUGUCACACAGAAAUAUUUACUGGUCUCAUUCCAGUCCUGGUCUCUUGGUCUCCUGGUCUCACUCCAGUCCUGGUCUCUUGGUCUCCUGGUCUCUUGGUCUCCUGGUCUCGUUCCAGUCCUGGUCUCCUGUUCCGGCUCCGGUGCCUGAUGGGGGGCAGCAGUAGGCCGGUGGUUGAGGUGGUCCGUCUGGGCCUGGUCUCCUACCAGGAGGCUCUCCGGCUGCAGCAGGUCUACGUGGACCGGCACCGGUCCGGUCCGGCUCACGCUCUGCUGCUGUGUCAGCACCCGCCGGUCUACACCACCGGGAUCCGCCACAAGCCGUACCCCGCCCCCUUCCUGGACCGCCUCCGCCUGCUGGGGGCCGACGUGCACCGGACCAACCGCGGAGGACUCAUCACGUUCCACGGCCCGGGACAGCUGGUGUGCUACCCGGUCCUGCACCUGGCCGGCUUCAAGAAGAGCGUCCGCUGGUACGUCUGCGAGCUGGAGAGGACCAUCAUCUCCGUCUGCAGCAGGUUCGGCGUCCAGGCGUCCACGUCUCCGCACACUGGAGUUUGGGUCGGAGACAACAAGAUCUGUGCCAUCGGAAUUCACUGCGGCCGAUACGUCACGUCUCACGGUUUGGCUCUGAACUGUAACACCGACAUGUCGUGGUUCACGCACAUCGUGCCGUGUGGCAUCGAAGGAAAAGGAGUGACGUCGCUGAGCGCCGAGCUGCAGAGAGACGUCAGCGUGGAGGAAACCAUCCCUCACCUGCUCGACGCCUUCGGCGAUCACUUCAACUGUCGGUUGACUGACGCUGAGCAGGACGGCGGAGCGUCGUCGGCGUAGAAACAGACUUCAUAGAUCAGAGCUCCGCUGACGCUGACGCUCCGUUUGACUCUUUCUACAUUGGUUUGGUCUCCGAGCGUCCAGAACAGACGCGACGGGAUCCGUGUCAUCGACAGAAAGAGCCGUAACCCUUCUGUUGUUGACACGCUUUAUUCUGAACGCAGCUGGAGGUAUCUGCGAUUUCUCGUGUGAGCUUCAGAGUCCACUUUGUUUUUUUCGAGUUUUUUUUUCUGUUUACAUCACAGAUGAAGGAGUUUUAACGGGAAACCACUAAAUAUCAUCAAAGCCAUCCCUAAAUUUACUCCUUAACCGAGGUCCUUCAGGGUGGAAGUGAUCCAUCUUAAGGGUUGUUUUUAACCCUUUAAAACCCUUUAAAACUAAGACUCCUCAUUAUACUAUAGUCCAUUAACUUUCUCCUUAAAUAUCUAUUUAAAAUAGCGGAUGACAGCGGUGGGUUAAAAGUUUGACGGCGAUGAGAAGAAACACGGCGGUUUUUACAUUUCUGUGUCCACAUCUGUUCAAUAAACAGCUGGAACUUC